CUCUCUCUCUCUCUCUCACUCACAUACUCACUUCAACUACACACACAAACACCCCAAACACACUGAAUUUAUGCAUCCAUCCUUCAAUUGAAUCAAUCCGCAGGUUUUUGCACCCAAAUUCAAUGUCACCAACGUCGUCACUUCAUCAGAGAUCACUUCACAAACCCUACAGUUUGUUAUUCCACAAAUCAUCAACUGAUGGUCACUCAAAACCCUACUCCUUCUCAAUGCUUUUCAAUCGGACCACGCUUUUGCUCCUCCUCACUCUCCUCAUAAUUCUCGGCGUCUUCUCUCCAUGGAUUGGUGAACGUUCGACGUUUUUCUCAUCAUUAGGUAAUUCUAGGGUUUCUUUGGAAGCGAAAUGGAGAGCCUACACGCUCCCGGAAGCGGUGUCGUAUGUGGCGAAGAAUGGUAGUACGGUGAUUGUGUGUGCGGUGAGCCAUCCUUACUUGCCGUUCUUGAAUAAUUGGUUAAUUAGUAUUGUGAGGCAAAAGCAUCAUGAUAAAGUGCUUGUUAUUGCGGAGGAUUAUGCGACGUUGUAUACUGUUAAUGGAAGGUGGCCUGGUCAUGCUGUGCUCAUACCUCCUGCACCUGAUGCUCAAGUUGCUCAUAAGUUUGGCUCUCAGGGAUUCUUUAACUUCACUUCCAGAAGGCCACGCCAUUUACUGCAAAUACUAGAACUCGGAUAUAGUGUAAUGUACAAUGAUGUCGAUAUGGUCUGGUUAGCGGAUCCAUUUCCUUACUUGAAAGGAAAACAUGAUGUGUACUUUAUGGAUGACAUGUCCGCUGUAAAACCACUCGACCACCCUAAUGUCUUGCCACCUCCGGGGAAAAAAGGGCGGACUUACAUUUGCAGCUGUAUGAUAUAUAUGCACCCAACACCGGGUGCAAAAUUAGUCAUGAAAAAGUGGAUUGAAGAGCUUGAAGCUCAACCAUGGUCUAAAGCAAAGAAAGCUAAUGACCAGCCUGCUUUCAACUGGGCAUUGAACAAAACAGCAGGGCAGGUUGAUCUAUACCUGCUCCCUCAGGCAGCAUUCCCGACGGGUGGAUUAUACUUCAAGAACCAGACAUGGGUAGAAGAGACGAAGGGAAAACACGUCAUCAUUCAUAACAACUACAUCCUCGGCUUCGAAAAGAAGAUAAAACGGUUUCACGACUACAAUCUUUGGUUGGUCGACGAUCACGCCUCCGAAUCCCCACUCGGCAGAUUAGAAUGAAUCACCCAACUAGGUACACACCAUGCAAUCUAUAUCUUCUUUGUUUUCCUUCAUCAUUCCUUCUUUUUUGUGAUGCGGUACGUCUUCAUGCCUUUUUAUUAACGGAAACCCACAAAAUGAAAAAAAAGUACUAAGCGAGCGAAACAAAUAGAACCAUAACUCGAUGGGAGUCGAUCCGACCUGCAAAUAUCGCCAUUUUCGUUUGAGUUAUCUUCUUGUUAGAUAUAGGGGGUGAGCCUGUUGUUCUUUAGAGCCUGAAAUCUCAGAAAAACUAGAUGCCUUAUGUAUUAUCCUUUUGUAGAAAGUUUGUAAGUUUUGAACUGCUUCAUUUCUAAUUUCUUGUUUACUCUAAAUACAUUCAACAAUAUAUGAAAUAUCUAAUUUUUUGAUUAAAACUUUAAAUGAUCAGGUUCGAAUGUAACCGACUUAUAAAUC